GACAAGUUCUGGUGUUUACUGUUGAUGCUCCUUUAGAGAAUAAGCUGUGCAGAGGCAAAGAGAGUUGUGGAAGCACACCAAACACGAAACAGAACAGGCAGCAAAUGGCAAGCAGCAGAAGCAGCAAAACACAGCAAACAGAGAAGAAACAAGGAAGCAGCAGAAGCAGCAGAAGCAGCAACGUCGUCACAGCAAAGCAGUUGGUUUCUGAGGAGUUGGUUUUUGUUUCUGAUUUGCGAAAACCGCAAAUUUUGCUCGGCGGCCGCGCCAUGGGAGUGGGUUUGAGCUGCUUUUGCUGCUUUGUCGCCUCCGGGGCCUACAGUUGGUGGUUGCAAACAGAAGAAACAUCUUAUUGAACAGUACAGAGAAAAGCUAGAGACUGGAUUUACACACAAGGGAAAGGCACAGCUUUCGCUACGUUCGUUUC